AAAUAAAAUUUUACUCUGGCGCUUUGCUCAAUAGCAAACUCAGCAAAACUUUUGCUGAAAAAACUUAGUAUUGCCGCUGUCGUUUUAUAAAUGUUCUGAAUUCUCAAAAUGAAUUUUAGUAACGAAGUUGAUAGCGUCAAAAAGACGCUUAUUGAAAACGCGCAUUUGAUGAGGACAUUCGAAAAUAGCAGCAAAGAAGAAUUUCGUGAUAUAAUGAAGAAGUUCAAUGAUGAAAUCGAAAAAGAACGCCUGGAGAUGGGAGAAGCAUUAAUUGGACUAAAAACGAGACAAAAACGUUUGGAUACUGCUUUGCGUAAAAUUAACAACGAAAGCCAUUCGUUGGAAGAAUUCGAAGCGAAAUAUAAGGAAUUUCAAAAAACCGAAGACGAAAAAAGCAUGACCGUUAAAUUGUUGUCAGAGUUUGCGGAUUUUAAACAAGAAAUGUUGAAUUGUUCAAGCACUUCCAAUGCCGAUGAUGAUACAGAAAUUGUGGAAGACGAUACCAAUGUUUGUUCCAUGUAUGAUCCAUGGACGAAAGGUUUAAUGUUGAAUCCCGUGCGCAACACAAAAUGCGGACAUCAUUAUGAUCGAGAUUCGGUGAUGGCGGCCAUAAAGGAUAAUUUGAGUGUAAAGUGUCCAAUUGUUGGCUGUGUCAGUAAAAUUUUCGUUCAACCCAAUCAUCUGGUUUCCAAUGAAGCAUUGAAAAAAAGGAUUCACACUUAUAAAGCCCAGCAGGGUGACGAGGUUACUAAUGAUGACAAUUAAUGAACAUCAUCAUGUGGUUGUAAACAUACUUUAAACAUACGCGCCUGUUGUUGUAUUAAAAAUAAAAUAUAUGCCUCUAAAUGAUUGUCCCUUCAUGCUCGCACAUGUGAAAAGACAAUUUUUUAAU